AUGCAAAGGACGGAGGCGGCAUGGCAGAAAGAAUCCCAGAAAAUACAGACAUAUAAUGAACUUGUCAGCAUCGUGAAUUCGCAGAGAGCAGAACACGAUUUCAGCACGGAAGCAUUGAACAAAACUUCAGAACUGCUCACUAAGAAUCCAGAGUAUUAUACAAUAUGGAAUACGCGGCGCCUAAUAUUACAGCACCAAUUCUCCAAAGCUACGUCUUCUGGAGAGGGAGGUGGCGAUGGUCAAAUUAAAAACAUCAUCAAAGCCGAUCUCCAAUUUCUGUUCCCCCUUCUCCGGGGAUAUCCCAAGUGCUAUUGGAUAUGGAAUCACCGCCUCUGGGAUCUAGAGCAAACUACUCUUCUACUUCCGACUUCUAUCUCCCGAAGUUUCUGGCAGGAGGAGCUUGCGCUUGUGGGCAAAUUGCUCAGCCUGGAUAGCAGGAACUUCCACGGCUGGGGUUACCGUCGACAAGUUGUAUCGGCACUCGAAGAGUUAGCUUCCAAGGAUGACGAAAAAGAAGCUCAUAGCGAGGACGCAUGGACACCUGCAAGCAUGGCGAAGGCUGAGCUUGACUACACAACCAAGAUGAUUGGUACCAAUCUAUCCAACUUCUCUGCUUGGCAUAAUCGAACGCAACUUAUUUUGCGGCUGUUAGACGAACAGUCUGCUAGUGAUGAGGAAAGGAAGAAGAUGCUCGACAGUGAGCUGAAAUUGAUCCAUCGGGCUUUAAUCGACCCAUAUGACCAGUCGUUGUGGUUCUAUCACCAGAAUUUGAUGUGCACUUUUGACCCUGCGCUGGCUUCGGGGACAAUGGCGCCGAAUCUUACGGAUAUUGAACGGUUAGAAUACCUGGAGAACGAGGUUGAGGCUAUUACUGAGAUGUUGGACGGAGAGGAAGACUGCAAGUGGAUUUAUCAGGCUCUAAUCAGCUGUGGGGUGGUUAUUUGUCGCGUCAAAGGGGUUAUGUCAACGGAAAUGAAGCAACGGAUCUCUGGAUGGGCAAGGGAGGUGGCUAGAUUUGGAGGCCUCACUGAACCUGUAAGGGCGGCGAUGUUUCACGAUAUUCCAAAGCACGUAGACAACUAGAUUUCCACAGCAUGAAAUACACGGCGGCAUUGGAA